AUGGUCUUCAAUCCACGUAUCUCAGCCGUUGAACAUUCUUCUACACCCGACCAACUCCUUUAUCCAUACCUCAUUGCUAGCGAUGCCAGUGCCACCUAUUCCUGGAAAUGCGAUGGUUCCCAGCCUACACUGCGUGGAAAGCUAUUGGGCAGUGGAGCAUUCACGCAACAUAUCAAUAUCGGUAUGGGCCGUGUGCUUAGCCUGGAUCGCGCACCGCAAGACAGCAAAACUGUCACCAUUUUAUAUAUCCAUGACCUAGAUUCCGGGGCACUGCUCGAUCGAAAGAUCCUCUUCCAAGCCAAUUCCAUUGGUGGAAUCGUAUCGGACGGUGAAUUUCUUGGUGAAUUUCAAGGAAAGAUCGCGGUUUUUUGGGCCACGCACACCACAGAACCAGGCGGACUGGUCGAAAUCCACACCAUUAGCGAGGAGGGGAAGUUCAAAUUUGAAGAGAUUCUCCAUCCACCUGCCGGUCUCGCAUCCAAAAUGUCGAAUCAGUUCGGGAAUACAUCUUCCUAUCUCCUACUUCAUUCGCCAAGGGGUCUCCUCGAAGUCGCCAGGGAUACCAAUUUCCCCACCGCCAUUCAAAUCACUCGAUGGUCAAAGAAUGCGCGUGAUGCCACAUACCGAACUAUCCCGUUCGCCUCACCAACCCGCCUUACCAACGAUUCACAGAAGAAAUGGUCGGCUAUCCACGGCUUUGUUACGCUCCCAGAAACAAACGCAUUUGCCCUCGCCAACUACGAGAGCUACCACGAAGGACAAGACCCGUGUCCUAGCACUGUCGUCCGGAGCAUCGAUGCGGACACCUUGAGAACGAAUUGGGAAGUCAUCGUCCAACAUCGGAGCGAAAAUAUCCGAUACAUUCCUCAUCUCAACGUCCUCCUAUCCUUCAGCUACGACGACAUCUUCAUCGUGGAUAUCGUGGAUGGAACUAUCAAGAACACCUAUGGCAUCCCACAGCUCCAGCGGCCUUGUGGUUCCGUCUGGGGUGCUCGCGGCGCGGACGCGAUAGACGUCACGGAGUCGGGGAAGGAACUAGGCGUCGUUUGCGGUGAUGGUCAGAUGUGCGUUAUACCUCUAGAGGCAUUCGUAGAGAGCGGGUUCCAAUGCGCGCUGAACGAAGAAGGAAAACUCAUCACCCGUCCUUUCCCUGACCUUCCGAUAUCCCGCCCGAAGAGUGACACCGAUAGGCAGAAGUGGGAGAAAGGACAUUGGGCCUGGGUUCGCAAUGUGUUUUUCGCCGAUCAGAUGGUCAUUUUGCAAGCGGGUGACCAAAACCCUCGUCCAGGUUUCGUUGUGGUAUCCUGGGACUAA